AUCGCACAGCUCUACGAACGAACGCAAAAAAGAACUGAAAGCGACGAAAGAUGGGUGAACAAAACAAAAAGUACGAUAAUCUGACAGUUCAACAUCAGCGGAAUAAAAUUGGUGCACCAUCUGGGGAACAACAUGAGCCUAUUACAAAACAUUCGUUUGAAUCCAUUUUCAAUGGCAACGCUAGCGGUGCGCCGUUCGCUUCAUACAACAGCUGCUUGCGCCAAAGUACAAUCCGGCCGAUAUAAAAUUACCCCGAAAGGGGACCGCCCACUUACCUAUGAAAUGGCCAAUCCUCCACAUUACAUUGCCCAUCGGAAGGCAUGGAACUCGUGGAAUACCUCCAAUCUGGAAGGUGAGCUUCGCCCGUCGCAAACCAUGCUGGAAGAUGAAUUUGUCCGCCGCUUCAUGAACGGCACCUGGCACGGUCUAGUGCUGUCCGAGGUGAUCAUCAAACGGCAGCACAACCACGUCCGGAUAGCGGCCAUUCUCCGGCGCGGAAUCACCCCUCGCAAGAUGUACUUCCUGAUUGGGUACUGCGAGGAACUGCUGGCCUACUGGCUGCAGUGUCCGGUCACGCUGGAACUGCAAACCACCGACGAUCGGAAGGAUGUUGUGUUUAAGUAUAUCUAGGCGCAGCGUGGUGGGAAUGAGGGGUAGUGUUCCUUAAUGCAAUAAAUGUUAAUUUGUAUCGA